UACAAAUCGAUGUGAUCAAAAUGCACACACCUAACAAGAGAGAGAGAGAGAGCUUAGUUGAAGAAACGAGCAGACCAUAAAUUUACUACCCAUUUAAGGAUCUACUGAAGUGCCUCUUGUAGAGGAGCAGCUGUCGUCGUAGUUUGGCCUGUAAUGAUCGAUUUGGUGCAGAAAGUUUGCCGAAUGUUUAAAUUUGCGGUGACUUUUCUCUACCAUAUCAAAAUUUUCAGGCCGAAUUUAAUUUUUUACACCAGAUCAAACAAGCUAGAAAUCGGUUAUUAGCAAGAUUUGCACCGAAUUAAGCGUCAUGGGCUAAAUUGCGAAGGAAAAAAGAAAGUUAUCGGCACCUUCCACGUCAUACUAUAAUUACUGGAUAAAUGAAAAAAAGAACUGCAGUGAUUAUAAAAUCUAGCAAGGAUAUGAGGUAUGGAUUGAACUGUGCAGUGACACAUGACGGGGCAAAGAUGCCGUGCUGGGCUCUGGCCGAGCUUUCAAUGUUUCGGGAUAAACUUGGAGCUGAGGCCUAUGGUAAGCUGGAUGUUAUAGGGAUUGACGAAGCCCAAUUCUUCGAAGAUCUGUAUGAAUUCUGCUGCAGCGCAGCUGAUCAUGACGGGAAGAUAGUUAUCGUGGCUGGCCUCGAUGGCGACUACUUAAGAAAAAAAUUUGGCUCAGUUCUCGACAUCAUUCCCUUAGCUGAUACCGUCACGAAGCUCACGGCAUGUUGUCAACUAUGCGGUCGCCGCGCUUUCUUUACCUUGAGGAAGACGAAGGAGACGCAAACCGAACUCAUCGGAGGCGCCGAUGUCUACAUGCCGGUCUGCAGAGAGCACUAUGCAAACGGAGAUAUUGUAAUUCAAGCCACAAGGAAUCGUGUCGGAUCUUGAAAAAUCUUCUUUGGCCCCAUAUAUAAUCUGAAGUAGAUCCUUCAUCAGGGUUGUAUUAAUUUCCAGUUUAAUAUUAUGCCAUGCACCUGUGUAUGGUAAAUGGUUUGUUUACCUCAAUGUUGAUAUUCAAGAGCUUGGAAAAGA